AGUGUGAUCCUUUCUCGUUGUAACGACAGAGUUAUUCUGUAAAGGUUAACGUUAGGAGUGAUUGAAAAUUUGGAGUCAAUUCUGGUUCAUGAAUCUUGUUACUAUUUAAAAAUCCAAUCAGCACCCUAAUUUCUCUUAUAUACAAUUCUGACUUUGAGCAUUGCUUUCUAUUUUCCAUUUAUUGCAUAUUAUAUAGUGAUUAAUGCCUGUUGGUCUGUUAUGCUAUGCAUAAUUAUCUAACAAUUCUCACGUUAUUUCAAGGUAAUUUGGAGUUUUCAUGUUUAAUGAGAAGGAGGCCACCUCCUCGUCUCCUACCAAAUACUCGAUGACGUUUGGUCAGAGGUUCACAGUACAAAACAAAUGACCAUUUUGUCUAAUUUUCUACAUCCCCAUCGACUUUUCUGGUGUGAGACGUCUGGUCGCAUGGUGUCAGUGUAACGUAAAAAGUCAACAGUAAGCGAGCUUGUCGUCAUUGGAUUUUGGUUCCACCUCUUAUUAACAUUCUCUCUUCGAUAUUAGUACAGCCUUUUCUGAGCUCAUUGUUGCAGGACGCGCUGCUAUUUCUGAAUAUGUAGGAGAGUGAAUAUCUAUGUACAGGGGAGAGCUGGAUUCUAUUUUCUAUAACAUCUCUUGUGAUGGAUUACUGAUGCUUUCGGGUUCAACUAUGGAACAAAGAACAUGCAAACCAAUAAGUACGAGAAGAUAUUUGGUCGGCUGCGUGGUUGCUGUGCUUUUGUGGAACCUGGCUUCGGCGCAAUCACGAUAUUCCAUCUCCGAGGAGGUUAACGAAGGAACUGUGGUUGGAAAUAUAGCAAAUGAUCUGGGAUUAGAUAAAAGCACACUAAAAGACAGGAAGUAUCGGAUUGUUUCUAGUAAUGCCGAUCAUCUUUUCCACGUAAAUCAGAAUGAUGGUGUCCUGUAUGUGAGCCGGAAGAUUGACAGAGAAGAGGUGUGCGCGCAGAGCAGUACGUGUGUAAUUAAUCUGAAAACUGUUCUGGAAAACCCUCUGGAGGUACAUUAUGUCGAAGUGGAGGUGCUGGAUAUAAACGACCAUUCUCCCAUUUUCCCGCAAAAAGAGAAAUCGCUGGACAUUUUUGAGUCGGUUUUGCCCGGAGCACGAUUUCAAUUAAAACCUUCACGGGAUCCAGACAGCAGUCACUUCUCCGUGCAACAGUAUAAACUCAGCCAAAACGAUCACUUCCGUUUAGAAGUUAAGGAUAAAGGGGAAGAUGGUAAAAUACCAAUAUUGAUUGUUCAAAAACCAUUAGACAGAGAAACUGCAGGAAGCCACUCAUUGGUACUGACAGCACUGGAUGGAGGAAAACCUCCAAAAUCUGGCGAAAUGAACAUUUUAGUAACUGUUUCAGAUGUUAAUGAUAACGCACCUGUUUUCUCUAAAGAUGUUUAUUCUGUGAUGCUGGAUGAAAAUGCUCCAGUAGGAGCAACAGUCAUAAAAGUGAAUGCAACUGAUUUAGAUGACGGUCCAAACGGAGAUGUAGCUUAUUCAUUUAGCAACAGUAUGAAUCAAAAUAUAUUAAAUCUAUUUGAUAUCAAUCCAUUAACAGGCGACAUAAUUGUUAAAGGUUUGAUAGACUAUGAGGAGAAGGACAGAUAUGAAAUUGAAAUUGAGGCAUCAGAUAAAGGUCUCCCUCCUCUUAAAACAGACAACAGUGUCAUCAUUAAGAUAGUUGACGUGAAUGAUAAUGCACCUGAGAUUGAAGUUACUUCAUUUUCAAGUUCCAUCCCUGAAGAUUCCAGGUCUGGAACUACAGUUGCCCUUAUCAGUGUAAAUGACUUGGACUCUGGUCUCAAUGGAAAAGUGAUUUGCUCUAUAGGGGAGGAUGUCCCAUUUGCUUUAACACCAUCAUUAAAAGACAAAAUGUAUUCAUUAGUGACAAAAUCACCUCUGGAUAGAGAGAAAAAGCCCAACUAUGAGCUAACAAUAUUUGCAAAAGACGCUGGUCAACCGCCACUAUUUUCAGCAAUGAAAAUAAAUAUUGUGGUGUCAGAUGUGAAUGACAACAGACCAGAGUUUUCACUGAGUCCCUAUACUUUCUAUGUCGCUGAAGCUAAUGAUCCAGGUAUCUCUGUGUUUUCUGUUAAAGCUUUUGACCGUGAUGAGCCCGACAAUGCUCUUAUAUCCUAUCAUAUUCUCAGAGACGGAAGUGGAGAUAAAGUAACCUCAUUUCUCAACAUCAAUACUGAGAGUGGAGAUAUUUUGGCGAUGAAGAGUUUUGACUUUGAAACUCUGAAAACGUUCCAGUUCCAAGUUAUUGCCACAGAUUCUGGAACUCCGUCACUAAGCAGCAACGUC